AUGGCCGAGUCGAUGAGUCUGCUGUGGGGGUCAGGAUCCGGUCCCUGCUGGCGUGUCAUGCUCGCGUUGGAGGAGAAGAACCUGCAGGGCUACAGACAGAAGCAGAUCUCCUUUGAGAAGAACGAGCAGAAAUCUCAGGAAGUCUUGGAGAUCAACCCCAGAGGACAGGUUCCUGCCUUCAAACACGGAGACAUCAUACUGAACCAGUCGACUGGAGUUUGCUUAUACCUUGAGAAUCAGUUCAAGUCUCAGGGAACUAAGCUGAUUCCUGACGAUCCUGCAAACCAAGCAAUGAUGUACCAGCGCAUGAUAGAGGGCCUGGGCCUCACCGAGAAAAUUGAUUGGGUCGUCUACUACGAGUUCCUGGUCCCUGAAGGUGAGAGACUCGAGGCUGGCCUGCAGAGACACAGGGACGCUCUGACCACUGAACUCAAACUCUGGGAAGGAUACCUGGAAAAUGUGGCUGAGGGCUCCUACCUUGCAGGACCCUACUCUUUAGCCGAUGUGGUUGGAUUUCCAAACGCCGCAUUUGCUUUUGCUUUCGGGCUGUCUCCUGAACGUUACCCCAAACUGGCCAAAUACUACAACCUGCUGAAGGACCGACCAACCAUCAAAGCCAGCUGGCCCCCGAAGUGGUUCGAGAGCGAGCAGGGAUUUCAGGCGUUGAAAGACAUUUGA